AUGAUCCCGGGCGUGGGCGGAGUGCCACGAGCGCGGUUACUUGCACUUCUCCUGGCGCUGACGCUAGCGGAAGUGAUAACACGCGCUCUCGGCGACCCCGCUCCCUACAUCGGCGGCCACGGUGCUGCCACGAGUACUAUCAAUGACGUCACAAGCGUCCUGCCCGAGCUGGCGGUCAGUUCGCCCCGGCUCGAGCGAUCGGCCGACGGGCGGCCACCGUACAGCUUUCACUUUGCCCACGCGGUCUACAACGUGUCGAUACCGGAGAACAGCAUCAUCAAAACGUACGCCGUACAGCCCCCGAACGAGGAUCGAAUGGGGUUGCACGUGACGCCCGAUCUGGAGGUGCGCUAUAAGAUCGUCUCCGGCGACAAGGACCGGUUCUUCAAGGCAGAGGAACGGUUGGUUGGUGAUUUCGUCUUCCUCGCGAUCCGGCUGCGCACAAAUAACAUCGUGCUAAACCGAGAAAAGGGCGAUAGCUACCGGCUAGAGGUGAAGGCGACCGGAACACGCCGCGAGGGCAAAAGUCGCACCACGCUCGAGGCGGACACGGUGAUCGACGUGCGUGUGCUGGACGCAAACGAUCUUAGUCCGCUCUUUUACCCAACCGAGUACGCGGUUGCGAUCACCGAGGACACGCCACUACACAAGAGCAUCCUGCACGUGGUGGCGGAGGAUGCCGAUCUCGGGCUGAACGGUGAGAUCUACUACAGCAUCCUGGACGAGACGGAGCAGUUCGCAGUUCAUCCAACGACGGGUGUCAUCACGUUGACGCGACCGCUCCGAUUCACGGACCGAGCUUUGCACGAGCUCACGGUCGUGGCAAACGAUCGAGGCAUCGGUUCGACUAGCAGGAGCCUGGCGAGCAAGGCGCGCGUCAAGAUUAAGGUCCUUCAGGUUAACUUGAUGGCGCCGGAUAUUUACGUGCAAGCCCUGCCGGACAUCCUGGAAAACUCCAACGCAAACAUCUUUGGCAUCGUGCGGGUGACGGACAAGGAUAAGGGCGUACACGGCCAAAUCAAGAGCCUCGACAUCGUGGAUGGCGAUCCGGAUGGGCACUUCCGCAUCAAGCCAACGGACCGGCCGGGUGAGUACGUGAUCGAGGUCCAUCGGCUGCUCGAUCGCGAGACAGCACCCGCUGGUUACAACCUGACGCUAAGGGCAGUCGAUCGAGGUAUACCACCGAAGCAGAGCUACCUCGUAACGCCAGUCCGGCUGGCCGACAUCAACGACAAUGCGCCCGUCUUCAAUAGGGAGAUCUACGAGGUGUCCGUCCCGGAAACGUCACCUCCAAACACACCCGUCAUCCGGCUGAAGGUGACCGAUCGGGAUGAGGGUAAGAACGCGAAGGUCUUCCUCGAAAUCGUGGGCGGUAAUGAAGGGGGUGAGUUCCGGGUGAACCCUGAGACAGGGAUGCUGUACACGGCCGUACCGCUUGAUGCGGAACUGAAGGCGUUCUACACGUUGACGGUGUCCGCGAUCGACCAGGGCAACCCAGGCACGCGCAAGCAAUCGUCGGCGAAGGUGAAGAUCAAUGUGCAAGACACGAACGAUAAUGAUCCGAUCUUCGAGACGACCAACCUGACGAUCUCGGUGGACGAAAAUGAACCGGCGGGUACGUCAGUGACGAAGGUGACGGCACGUGACAAGGACCUGGGCGAGAACGCGUACAUUUCGUACAGCAUCUCCAACCUGAACGACGUACCGUUCGACAUCGAUCACUUCUCGGGUACGGUACGCACAUCCAAGCUGCUGGAUUACGAGAGUAUGCGUCGAGAGUACGUACUGCGGGUCCGGGCAUCUGACUGGGGUCUGCCUUACCGGCGGCAAACCGAGAUACAGCUGGUUAUUAAGCUGCGAGACGUGAACGAUAAUCGGCCGCAGUUCGAGCGGAUCGACUGCCUUGGCCGAAUCCCACGCUACACACCGAUCGGGACGGAAAUCUUCACACUUUCGGCGCUCGAUUUCGACUACGGCAGUGUGGUAACGUACCGAUUGCUGUCCGGGUUCGAAGACGGCUGCUUCAACCUCGAUUCGGUGACCGGCAUCAUCUCGGUUGGGUGUGACUUGAACGAUGUGGGUGUGGAACAGCGUGAGCUUAACGUGACCGCUACGGACGGCACGCACUUUGCCGACACAGCCCGCAUCCAGAUCAGCUUGGUGCGGAACCGACGGAACCUGGGUGCGAAUCUGAAGGCUGAGGAUGGCGCCACGUUCGAGUGUCGUGAUACUGGCGUGGCGCAGCGGUUGACGGAGAUAAUGGCCGCGGCGGAACGUAACAACAUGCCUGGUCGGGAGUCUGGUCUCAGUGGUGGUGGCAUUUCGGAUGACUUUGCAAUGAUGCCUAGUCGGUAUGGUGAGAACGUACACGCGCCCGAAUUCGUUGAUCUUCCUCUGGAGGUGAAGAUCAACGAGUCGAUUUCGCUCGGGACAACGAUCACCUGGAUCAAGGCGCAAGAUCGCGAUCUCGGCUACAACGGCAAGCUGGUUUUCGGCAUUUCAGGAGGUGACGACGAUUCCGUGUUCCGGCUCGAUCCGGACAAUGGAGAGCUGAAGAUCAUUGGCUAUCUAGACCGUGAGCGACAGGAUGAGUACCUGCUCAACAUCACGGUGUACGAUCUCGGAAAGCCACAGAAGUCAAUAUCAAAAAUUCUACCCAUCACCGUGCUGGACGAGAAUGACAAUGUGCCCCGAUUCGAGAAAUCCCUGGCGAGCUUCCGCGUGACGGAGAACGCCUUAAACGGCACGAUCAUCUUCCGCGUGAACGCCACCGAUGCGGAUCUCGGCCAGAACGCAAAGGUGACGUACAGUCUUGUGACGGACACGCGGGAUUUCCGAGUAGAUCCGGAAACGGGCGUACUCACGGUAGUGGCUCCGCUCGAUCGCGAGCGGCAAGAGGUGUACGAGUUAAAGAUCCGUGCUACGGAUGGUGGAGGUGAUCAGAACACGCCAGCCCUUUACUCGGAUGCCCUUGUUCGAGUCACCGUCGACGACAUCAACGACAACGCACCGGAGUUCGCCGUCCAGGACCUGACAGUGCGCAUCCGGGAAGAUGUGCCACGGGGCACUGUAGUGACAGUAGUGUCUGCGAUCGAUCUGGAUAGUGGUCCGAGCAGUGAAAUUUUGUACAGUUUCGGUGAAAACGGUGACGGUGAGGGUUCGUUCCGGAUCGAUAAACUAUCCGGUACCAUUCGGACCGCGCGAAUGCUCGAUUUUGAGGAGCGCCAGGUGCACAGUUUGAUCGUUAAGGCGAUCGACCGCGGUACGCCGUCGCUGUCGUCCGAAACGUCCGUUAUUGUGGAGGUGAUAGACGUGAACGAGAACCGAUUCGCGCCACAGUUUGAGGAUUACGUGCUUACGGGUGCGAUCGCGGAAAACAAACCUCCCGGGGCGCAGGUAAUGCAGGUCCUGGCAAAGGAUGCAGACUUACCCGGCCCGGACUCGCGUGUUACUUACUCCAUAAAGGGCGGCGAUGGACUUGGCAUCUUCACCAUUGAUAACGAAGGAACGGUUCGCACGCUCGCCUCGCUGGAUCUGGAAACGAAACCAAGCUACUGGUUGAAGGUGUGUGCCCAGGAUCAGGCCGUCGUCCCGCUGCACUCCUGCGUCCAGGUGUACAUCGAGGUGCAGAACGAGAACGACAACGUACCGUUGACAGAGGACGCCGUCUACUAUCCGUCGGUGCCGGAGAGCAGCCCAGCGGGUGUGAAGGUCCUGCAGCUGGUGGCCGAAGAUCGGGACAUCGAUUCGAUGCAGCAGAUUUCCUAUCGCAUUACGUCCGGCAACCCGGAAGGUUACUUCGCCAUCAACAGCACCAGUGGAUUAAUUACAACCACCGCGCGGAAGCUGGAUCGCGAAAACCAACCGGAGCACAUACUCGAGGUCCUGGUGAUGGACAACGGGGAGCCGCAGCUCUCGUCGACGACGCGCGUUGUCGUGCAGGUCGAGGACAUUAACGACCACGCGCCCGAGUUCGAUCAGAAAAUGUACAAAGUGCAAAUCCCGGCCAACGCCAAAAUCGACCAACCAUUGUUUCAGAAUGAUUACGCCAGCAGUGGCUACGAACCACCGGAACUGGAGCUGACGGAACCGAUGCUAUCCGAUCCGGACGUCGGACUCGACGAUGCGGCCACGUGGGAAUCGUUUCCGGAGAAAAACUUCGCCGAUCUGCAAGUCGUCUUUCGGGUACUGGCGACUGAUCAGGACAUCGGCGAAAACGGUCGCGUUACUUACUCGAUCAAACCGGGCCGCGGAAAAGCUAAGAAGUUCCGCAUCGAUCCAGAUACCGGUGUUAUCUAUGCGGCUCGUACCUUCGAGAUCGACACGGAGUACGAUCUGCUUGUACGGGCAGAGGAUCACGGUGUGCCGAAGCGAUCGCAACAAGCCCGCGUCGUGGUAGCCGUCGUCGGAGUGCCACUCGAGUCGGAAAAUGCCCCAGUCGUGAAAGCGGGCGAUCAACACGUGGAGCUGACGGAGAGCGAUGUUCCCGGGUUCCUGGUGACGCUCAUUCAGGCCUCUGAUCACGAUGGCGAGCAGCUGUGGUACGACAUUGUCGGUGGCGACGAUCGCAACGAGUUCUACAUUGGACGUGACAACGGCAAUGUACUGCUUGCAAAGUACCUGGACUGGGAACGACAACGGGAAUACAACAUCACCAUCAGCAUUUCGGAUGGCGUACACACGGUGUUCACGCAACUGUACGUGUCGGUACUCGACAUCAACGAUCACCGGCCCGAAUUCACUGAAUCUGUCUAUCGAGUGGACAUUUCGGAGAACAUCGAAGAGGGCAUGGAGGUCCUGCAGCUGCACGCGACUGACGAGGACGAAGACAAGAAGCUUUUCUACAGCCUGCACGCCGCUCGAGAUCCCGUCUCACUGAAGCUGUUCCGGGUUGACUCCGUCACCGGUAGCAUCGUGAUGGCGCACCGGCUCGAUCGAGAAACACUCGCUGAACACGUGCUGAUAGUGAUCGUGAAGGAUCAAGGAACACCGGCCAAGCGGAACUACGCGACCGUCAUUAUCACCGUGCAUGAUCACAACGAUCAUGCGCCCGAGUUCACGACCAAAAUCGUGCAAGGAAAGGUUUUCGAAACGGCCGCUGUGGGAACCCGUGUGGUGCAGGUGUACGCCAUUGAUCGGGAUAUUGGGGACAACGCGCGGAUCACGUACACCAUCGUGAGCGGAAACAUCGGAAAUGUAUUCGGAAUCGACCCGAGCAUGGGUGUGAUAAGUGUGGCCAAGCAACUCGACAUUCGCACGCUGUCGGAGUACAUGCUGCAGGUGAAGGCGACAGAUGGUGGAAAACCAGCGCUUUCCUCGCAGAUUCCCGUGCACAUCAUGAUCAACAUGGCGGACAAUGCUCCUCCUCGUUUUAAAUCGGAUGACCCGGCGGCUGAGAUCUACGAGAACCAGCCGAUAGGAACGUUCGUAAUCCAUCUGGAGGCCCGUAGUACGUCGUCGCUGCUAUUCCAAAUCAUUGGUGGUAACGUGGGCGACAUGUUCUUCGUCAAUCCGUCGACGGGUGUCAUCACAACGAAGGACCUACUCGAUUACGAGCACACCAAGUUCUACAAUUUGACGGUGCGAGCCACCAACAUGGCAUCCGCUUCGGCCACCUGCUCGGUGAUCAUCAACGUGCUCGACAAAAACGACAACGUGCCGUACUUCGAGCAGCAGGUGUACCGUGGUGAGGUAUCGGAAGCCGCACCGAUUGGGUCAUUGGUGUUGACGCUGUCUGAAGCCAUGCCACAGUUGAACGGGUCCACGGGCGGUUUUGUACCCGGAAGCAACAACCAUCUAGUGAACGCGUCGUUGCCUCUCGUAAUCCGUGCGAGGGAUGCCGAUUCGGGAUUGAAUGCCCUGCUUCACUACGACAUCUUGGAUAUGCUUCCGAGAAGGUACUUCCACAUCGAUUCCAGUACUGGAGCCAUCAAAACGAUCAUGUUCCUCGACCACGAGAAGAUACCGUUUUUCAGUUUUCACGUAAAGGUAACUGACCUCGGUAAACCUCGACUCACAUCGGAACUGACCGCGGAGGUACGCAUUAAUAUCACGGAUGUAAACGAUUGUGCGCCGACGUUCACGCAGAAGGAGUACAACGUAACGCUGCUCUUGCCGACUUACGCGAAUGUAGCCGUGCUGCAGGUAAAUGCAACGGACGAAGAUAGCUCUGAGAACUCCACCCUCCGGUACGACAUCAUCGAGGGCAACCGAGACGGUGUGUUUUCGAUCGACGCCACAUCCGGUGUCAUAACGACGCGGGACGUCGAAAGCAUCGGUCCAUCCUACCGACUAGCGGUGCGUGUUUCGGACGGCAAAUUCGCUAAGGUUGCUCAGGUGAACGUCGACGUGGAGACGUCCGAAAACUCCGGCCUCAUCUUCCAGCGACAAACGUACGAAGGAUCGAUCAUGGAAAACAGCACCAAAAUCAGCACCGUGGCCGUAGUGAACGUUCUCGGCUCGACGCUGAACGAACACAUCGAGUUCAGCAUCCUCAACCCAACAGAAAUGUUCCAGAUCGGGUUGACUUCCGGGGCGAUCCAGACCACAGGCCGGAAGUUUGACCGUGAGGUGCGGGAUAACUACGAGCUCAUCGUGGAAGCUCGUUCACAGCAACCCGAUCGGGAAAAGCCACGUGUCGCGCACGUCAUCGUGAACGUCACGAUACUGGACAUCAACGACAACUGCCCGAUGUUCGUCAAUCUGCCGUACUAUGCCGUCGUCUCGGUUGAUGAUCCACGUGGAUCAGUCAUCACAAAGGUACACGCGCUUGAUCUCGACAGUUUCGAGAACGGUGAAGUGCGCUACGAGAUGAAACGAGGACAUGGAGAGCUGUUCAAGGUAGACCGCAAGACGGGCGAAGUAACGCUCAAGCAAACGCUUGAGGGCCACAACCGCGACUACGAGCUGCUGAUAUCGGCGUACGACGGUGGUAUAACACCCUGCUCCACUGACGUUACCGUACACGUGAAGGUGAUAGAUAAAUCGAUGCCGGUGUUCAGCAAGCAGUUCUAUUCAGACGCGGUUGCGGAAAACAUCGAGCUCCAUUCGCCACUGUCGGUCGCCAUCCAGGCUGAGAGUCCGCUCGGCCGGAAGCUGAUCUACAGCAUCGUGAAGGGAAACGAGAUGGAGGAGUUUGCCGUCGAUUUCAACACAGCUCCGGACAGUACCAAUGGUCCAUGUGCCAUCUACGUCGUGGACGAGCUGGACUACGAGCGCCGUCAGAGUUAUGAACUUUUAAUUAGAGCCACGGAUAGCGUUUCCGGUGUGUCGGCUGAGGUGCCGGUGUCGGUGCUGGUGCAGGACGUCAACGAUUGCCCGCCGGAGAUCGAGCAGGACAGCUACAACAUCACCGUGUCCGAGCGGGCCCCGUUCGGUACGGCCAUCCUGAAGGUGCACGCGAAGGAUAACGACACCGGUAUCAACCAGGUAAUCAACUACGCUCUGCAAACUGACUCCAAGAACACCUCUGAGCACUUCCACAUGGAUCCGUCCGAUGGGGUGAUCUAUCUGAAGAAAUCGCUCGACCACGAAACGCUCAGUCACCAUCACUUCACCGUCGUUGCAUCGGACAAGGGCGUCCCGAGUCUCAGCUCAACCGCACACGUUUGGGUUUCGGUGAUGGACAUGAACGACAACCCGCCAAAAUUCGAGCAGCCAUCGUACUCGUGCGUCCUGUCCGAGCACGCAUCCCGCGGCCAGUUCGUGACGGUUGUGUCCGCCUCCGAUCCGGAUUACAUCGAUCAUGAUCGGCUCGUGUACACGAUUGCCCAGGGCAACGAGCUGCAGACGUACGGCAUCGAUCCAGUCACCGGUAUCAUCACGCUGGUCAACAUGCAGAACUUUGCCGAGAAGCACGUCUCGAUCCUGAACGUGUCCGUCACCGACGGCGUCUACACGAGCUUCACGCGCGUCAAAAUCACCAUCCUGCCGGCCAAUCUGCACAAUCCCGUGUUCGAGCACAUGUUCUACGAUGCGAAGGUGGACGAGAACCAGCUCGCCGGACGGCUCGUGACGACGGUCAAGGCAACGGAUAAGGACUUUGGUGAAUAUGGUCGGGUAGCGUACUCCAUCAUAUCCGACGACAUGCUGGAAUAUUUCUCGAUCGACAAAGAGAAAGGAGAGCUGGUGACCAAGAAAAAGCUUGACCGGGAAGAACGCAUGAACUACGACGUACCGGUGAUGGCGGUUGAUGCGGGUGGUCGAGCUGGCUUUAGCACGGUGCGCAUCCGGGUCGGUGACGAGAACGACAAUCAGCCGGUGUUCCAGUAUCGCGAGUACAAAACGCUCAUUCAAGGCAACCUGACUGUUAACACGACGUUCUAUCGCGUGCGUGCGAUCGACUCCGAUGACAACCAGAACGCGGUGGUAAAGUACUCCAUCUUCGAUUCGCAAAACUCCGGCAUCAAGGAACUGUUCGGUGUAGACGAAAACACCGGGGGUCUAUAUCUGCAGAAGAGUGCCGUUAAAUGGGAGAACCAACUGUUUCAGUUUUUCAUUCGUGCACACGAUGGUGGCACUCCCUCGCUGUAUUCGGAUGUCGCAAUCGACAUCUACGUGAUGAGUUCCGCCGAGAAUCCACCUCUUUUCGAGAAGAAGGAUCGCAAGCUCUUUCUUUCAGAGAGCUCGCUGCCGGGAACGGUUAUCACGCGAUUGCGGUUAUCAGGCAACGUGACUGCUCGUUACCGCAUUCUGUCGGACGAGCUGGAGGAACCGCAAUUUUCCAUCAAUGACGCCGGUCAGCUUCGGCUGGCUAAGACACUUGAUCGCGAGACGCGUGAUACGCAUCUGAUUGCCAUCCUUGCGGAAACUGAUUCGAGCCCACCGUUAACGGCUGUGACGGAAAUCGUUUUGCACGUGCAGGACGAGAACGACAACACGCCGAUGUUCGAGAGCAAUCCGUACUCGUUUGCGCUGGCCGAGAACAUCGAAAAGGGCAGCUCGAUCAUGAAGCUGACGGCACGUGACGCUGAUAGUGGAUCGAAUGGAGAUAUUCGGUACGCCCUGUCGCCCGACGUUGGCGAUAUCGUGAACAUUUUCGAUGUGGAUGCGUACACCGGAUGGAUCACGACGCUAGUUCCGUUGGACAAGGAGAAGCGGGAGGACUAUAAGUUCCAGGUGCUCGCUACUGACAACGGACAGCCAAAGCACACGACUCGCUCGACGGUGAUCAUUCGACUGAAGGACUACAAUGACUGCCCACCAGUGUUCAAGGAGAACCAUUACAAGGCUAGUGUCAGUGAGGACGCCUUGCCAGGAACGGUUGUGCUGCAGAUCGCCACUACGGACAAGGAUGUGGAUUUGCGAACGGCUGUCGAGUACUACAUCAUUUCAGGCGACACACUGUCACAGUUCCAGAUCAAAAACACCGGCGAGGUGUUUGUCGUGAAGGCGCUGGAUCGUGAGAGCAUUUUCCAGUACGAGCUGAAGGUGAUCGUUACCGACGGCAAGUACACAGCAACCGCGAACAUCUCGAUCACGGUACUGGAUGCAAACGAUAACCCACCGUACUGCCUGAAGUAUCGCUAUCGGGAGCAGCUAAGUGAAGGUGCUCGACCUGGCACGCACGUGCUGCAGGUUCUUGCCAACGACAUGGACGAACCCGCUAACAGCCGGCUGCGUUUCUACCUAACCGGCCAUGGUGCGGAGGAUUUCAACCUCGACAAGGACUCGGGCCACCUGAAAACGACCCGCAAACUGGACAGAGAGAAGCAGUCUCGUUACAGCCUGAUGGCGCACGUGCAGGAUCGCGAUCACCCGGGAUGGGAAUGUUCAUCACAAAUCGAGCUGACGUUGACCGACUUGAACGACAAUCCGCCCGAGUUUUCCAUGAAUCCGUACAGCGUCACGCUGCCGGAGGACGCCGAAGUUGGAACGUUGGUGACGAAGAUCCACGCAACCGACGCGGACAUUGGCAUCAAUCGGAAGAUCAAGUACGCGUUCUUGGAUUCGUACCGCGAUCACUUCCGCAUUGCACCUGAAUCCGGUAUCGUAACACUCGCGAAACCGCUCGAUCGCGAACUAAAGGCGCUCUACAACCUGUCGGUUAGUGCGAUCGAUCUUGGUCACCCGGCGCUCUCGAACGCGGCCACACUGAUCAUCAAUGUGCAGGACAUCAACGAUAAUCCGCCUGAGUUUACUUCCAAACACUACUUUGCGUCGGUACCGGAAAUCAACGCGAUCGGAUCGGAAAUCUUGAAAGUGCUCGCAACCUCCAAGGAUACCGGUAUCAACGCGGAGAUCGCCUACUCCAUCAUCGGUGGCAACGAACAUCGCAAGUUCACAAUCAACAACAAAACCGGCAUCCUGUCGCUGUCCGACACGCUAGACUACGAGCGGGCACGUGACUACUUCCUCACGAUUCAGGCUGUGGAUGGUGGCACACCGCCGCUUAGCAACUUGGCGACGGUCAACAUCUCGGUCACGGACAGUAACGACAAUCACCCGCAGUUCACUCAGAACUCGUACAACGCGCGGAUCCGUGAGGACGCUCAACGUGGAGAUCGCAUACUGCAGGUCCGAGCGAACGAUCUCGAUUCGGAGGAUAACGGUCGAGUGAGCUACACGAUUGAGCGCGGCGAUCGUAUGGAGCAGUUUGCCAUCGAGGAAGACACCGGCUACAUCUCGGUCGCUGGAACCCUCGAUCGUGAAUCGAUCUCCAACUACGUGCUGGAGGUGCAAGCACGCGAUCAUGGUGUUCCAACACUCACGGCGUACGUACUGGUAAACGUGGAGAUUUCUGACGCCAACGACAACCCGCCUGUGUUCACGCAGCACAACUACACAGCCGUCGUGCAGGAGGAUAAGCAGAUCGGCCACACGCUGCUGAAGUUCGACGUCACGGAUGCGGAUACGGCACCAAAUGCGGCUCCCUACACGUUCGACUUCCGGUCGGGCAACGAGGGUGGCUCGUUCCGAAUCGAGCAGGACGGUAUCCUGCGCACGGCCACGCGAUUCAAUAGCAAAAUCCGUGACAGAUAUCAGCUACAGGUGCGCGUGUUUGACAACGGAACUCCACCGCUUUACUCCGACACUUGGGUGCUAGUGAAGGUGAUCGAGGAAUCGCAAUAUCCACCGGUCAUCACGCCACUCGACAUCUCGAUCAAUUCGUUCAUGGACGAGUACCCGGGAGGUGUGAUCGGUAAAGUGUACUCCACCGAUCAGGAUCAAUACGAUACGUUAACGUACGGCUUAGCCCCUACCACCGGCGUUCUGUACUCACCCACCAACCUGUUCAACAUCUCCAAGAACGAUGGAGUGAUCUACGCCUACCCACGGUUAGACGUCGGUGACUACCGCGUCAACGUCACUGUCACCGACGGCAAGUUUGCCUCCUUCACGAUCGUGAAGGUAGCGGUCGAGCUGGUCAACGAGGAGAUGCUGACGAACGCGAUCGUGAUCCGUUUCCUCAAGGUAUCGCCGGAGUCGUUUGUGCUGAGUCAUCGCAAGGGCUUCAUCCGCUCGGUGCGCAAUGCGAUCGGAUGUAAGAUCAAGGACAUCAUCAUCAUCUCGGUGCAGCCAUCGAGCGACGACGAUCUGAACCAGAUACAGCACCGCGUGCGGCGAGAACUGUCCAACGUGACGGCGUUGUUCGAUCAGCGUGAAACACGGUCUCGGCGAAGCGCCAAUCGUGACCUAGAUGUGCUUUUCACCGUGCGCAAAUCCACAACCGGCGGGUAUUACGCAGCACACGAAAUUCGCCGAGUGAUCGACGACAACCUGGAGGAGAUCGAGGAUGCCACCAAACUUCAGAUCGACGAAGUGGUCAAGUCAAAGUGCCUGCCGAACUUCUGUAUCCACGGAGAGUGUGAAGAUAAGAUCGUACUCGAUCCGAAGCUCAUCCAUCCGGUGUCGACGGAUGUGACCAGCUUCGUAUCGGCCCAUCACGCCCACCGUAUGGAGUGUGUCUGUCGUGAAGGUUAUGGAGGUGACAAAUGCCAACACGCUGUGAACGAGUGCUCUAAAGCACCCUGCCCAUCCUUCAAGACCUGCAUUCCCGAUUCGUCCGACCAGGGCUAUCAUUGCACGUGUCGGGAAGGAUUCGCCGGCCCAAAGUGCGAUCGGGACAUCACGCUAUGCAACGACGAAACGUGCUACGUACCACGGAACCCGGUUUCGUUCAGUGGCAAGAGCUACGCGCACUACCGCAUCGAGAAGGAGAUCGCACGCAAAAACCUCGAAGAUCAGCUGGUGUUGAGCCUGCGCCUGCGGACAGUACAGCCCACCGGUAACAUCAUGUACUCGGCUGGAAAGGUGGACUUCAACAUCCUGGAGAUCAUGAACGGUGUGAUUCAGUAUCGCUUCGAUUUGGGUUCUGGAGAGGGCCUGGUCAGUGUGUCCAGUAUCUUCGUCUCGGAUGGUCUAUGGCACGAGGUGCGGCUGGAGCGUGAAGGCAACAGCGCAAAGCUGCUCGUCGAUGGCAAACACGUCGCUCAAGGCAACGCACCAGGCGUAAAUGGUGUGCUCAAUCUGCAACCCGAUGACAUUUUCUUUGGAGCGGAAGUCAAACAACACCCGACGGUGCUCGGUUUUCAGGAUGUACAGCGAGGUUUCGUCGGGUGUAUGGAUGAUAUUCGAUUGUCGAAGGUCCCAGUGCCGCUGCAUAUGAAAGGAGCCAGCUCUGUCGCGAGUCUGCGUCAGUUCGCCAACGUUGAGUUCAGUUGCGAUGCCGCGUCCGUUCUGGUACCUCUCGGGGUAUGUGGAACGCAACCGUGCUGGAAUGGUGGCACUUGCAAGGACAUCGGCGGUGGCAACUUUGAGUGCUUGUGCCACUCGCGCUUCUCCGGCCCGUACUGCAAGGAGGACUUGAAUCCGUGCGCAUCCUCGCCCUGUUUGUACGGUGGCAAGUGUACGAAGGCUGGUUUCGGCAACUACACCUGCGACUGUCCGGCAAGGAUGUCGGGCAAACGGUGCGAUUAUGGACGUUUCUGCACACCAAAUCCUUGCCGAAAUGGGGGUGUCUGUGAAGAGGGUGACGAUGGGCCGCUGUGUAUGUGCCACGGUUACACUGGCACAACCUGCGAAACAGACAUCGACGAAUGUGAACGUCAGCCGUGCGGAAGUGGUGCAACCUGCAUCAACGAGGCCGGUAGUUUCCGGUGCAUCUGUCCGCCGGAGAUGACGGGGGCAAGCUGUGGAGAUCCACUGAACACGAACGCGCUUACGAUCGCGUUGAAAAAGGUCACCCCACAGAUGUUCGUCAUCGCGGUCAGCGUCAUCACCGUCGCCUUGGUGAGUGUCAUCUUGUGGGGUGUUGUGUGCGCCUGCCGGAAGAAGCGCCGCUCGAGCCGUCACGAGAAGAUCAAUAACGAGGCGAACAAAGGGAUCGUUCUAAAUCCGGUGUCUGAAACGUCGGGAUACAAGCGUGGUUCGAAAAUGAGCAACCUAGAGAUUCAACGAGAUCAGCGACCGGUUUCGUACACGCCUAGCAGCAACAAUGCUACCGAUCAUCUGUACAACUGUAACACGAUGAUGCAAUACAACAACCUGGACACGCUACGAAGCUACGGAUCGGCUGGUGACGAGCUGGAAAAUGUUCCACAGGCUUACCGCAAGGGUACGGUUCCCUCCACGCCGCAGAUGGUGAAUCUCAACAGCGGAGGCGCAAACGCCAACACCUCCGACACUGAGUCCUUGCACAAGCAGAAGUGGACCGAACAGAUCCAGAUGCAAACGUUCACCGACAAGAUCAACAACGAUCUGAAACGGCAGGGUGGCUCACCCGAUCCGCUCUUGCAACAGCAACACCAGCAGCAACUGCAACAGCUUCACCUCCAACAACAGCAGCCCCAUCUUGCCGGUCACCUUCGUGUUCAACCGAUGCAGCUGAAACCGCCGGCUCAAAUGGGAAUCUUACCGGGUCGGUUGCUCAACACUCAACACUCGCCGACGAUGCUGAUGCCACCGCACAGCUUCGAGGAUGCUCCAUCACAUCAUGGAAGUACGGCUGCGUAUCAUUGGGACUGCUCGGAUUGGGUCGGUCGUGGACAUCACCCGCUGCCGAACAUCACUGAGGUCCCUGGUAGUGAGGUCCCGGACUCUUCUAGCUUCCACAGCAACGAAAGCAAUGAAUCGCACCCGAAAGCAAGCCUCCUUCCGCCGAUCCUAGGACCCGUAGAUUCCACGCGCGACAUCGAAACGCUGAACGAGGACAAUGAGUCGGAAUACGUGGACGAUUCGGAGUGCGACCAGAGUGAGCAACCGCUCUCGUUGGGUUUCGAGCAGAACUCCUCCAUAUCCUGCCUGAACCCGCUCGACAGUGGCAGCGAAGAUUAUAGAUUUAAUACAGUGCCUUUAAAAGUUAAUACACCUGAUAGUUAUCUGCGUCAUCCGAACAGCUACUUGCCGAAGUAUAACAUACAGAGCGAAACGGAGGGCGAAAAUGUGCCACUGACGGGUCGGAAGCCGCUGAACGGACUCGAGAUUGGCCGGCAUCAGCUGGUCGAAUCGGACGAUGACGACGUCGAGUCGUACGGAUUUCCUCAAACGCGCCGGAACCGUCGCGAACCCAGUGAUAUCGAUUUAGUUUUAAAAACCGACGAAGGUAGCUCUCUGCUAAGCCAUUCCCGUACCCUGAAUAGCUCCAACCACUCGAAUAGCGAUCUCUCGACGCAGCUGUGCGAGAUCGACGAUUCCGAGUACGAGCAGGAUCAUCACCAGCAGCAGCACCAUCAUCACCAUCAUCAUCAUCACCAUCUUCAGCCGCCGGUACCAGCCGCGAGCUUGUCCGGUUCUUCCGGUGGUAGCGUCAGUUCCACAACCGGUAAUAGUGCCGGUACGGGAGCCACCUCCAAACCGAAGCAGCAGAAGGUCAAGUGGAGCAACGUUGUGCAACAGACGGAAGUUUGA